AUGUCUAAGCUACUGUCCAGUGUGUUCAAGACCAUAGUCCACGACAAGAACAGCAUGGAGACCAUGAAUAGCAGCUCUUCAGGCAUUGAAGAAAAACAGGACAAACGGGCAAAAAAGGGCAAAGAGCACGAUGAUUCAGCCAAUCCUUUCCACCUGUCUGGGGACGUGGAUUUCUUCACCUUCAGAGAUCGGGAGCGGAAUAAGGCCAUCUUGGAGCGCGAGCAGAAGAAGAGUCUGCGGGUGCACCAGAAGAUGACCUAUUCCUCCAAGGUGUGCGCCAGGCACAGCAGCCUCCGCCGGGAGCUGGAGCUGGAAGAGGAGACAGAGGACCAGGAGCUGCAGGCUGAGGCUGAGCAGCUGAGCACCAUCCGUGACAACACUGCCUGGAAGCUAGCCAUGACCAAAGAGAAGAAAGUAGAGCCAGAGAGGUUGAGCGACUAUGUGAGUCAGAAGCGGGAGAUGUUCCUCAUUCAGUAUGCCCUGGAGAUGAAGCGGAACGAGAUCCAGCGGCUGGAGAUGCUGGCGACACAGGAGGAGACCAGGCUGGAGAGGGCAGAGAGGUCCCUGGCAAAGGACGCCACCUUGUUUGACGAGUUCCUCAGAGAGAAUGAUCGCAGCUCAGUGCAGGCCAUGAAAAUGGCUGAGAAGGAGACCAAAGCCAAGAUGGAGAAGAUCACUGAAAUCCGGGACCUCACCACUCAGAUCAUGAAUCUCAAGAGCGAAAUCUCCAAAUUUGAAGACAGCCUGCAGCAAUGCAAACUCUAUAAGGAUUUCCUGUAUAAGCUCUCACCCAAGGAGUGGUUGGAAGAGCAGAAGAAGCACUUGGCUCUCAAAAAGACCAGAGAGGUCGCAGCGAUCCUCAUGGGCAGCAAGUCCUCCUCAGUAGUGGACAAAGAGUCUCCAGUCGUGAAGAAGCCCACAAAGACUCUGCAGCUGGACAUGGUCCCGUCCAGCAGCACCAUCUAUCAACAGGACAGCCAGCCCAGCAUGCCUAGUGAUGCGAAGGGUGGAUCAGGGCCUGAUGCACCAAGCCCCGUCUGGCAUGAUAGCUGCAGAGCCCUUAGGGGGCUGGUGCCACAUCUGGGCAAAACUGUGGGAGGAGAUGCUUCACUGGCGCCCAGGCUGGUUUUGGACACCUUGACCCGGCUGUAUUCCUGCAGGUCCACCUGUACCCUGCUAUCACGGGAUGACACAGAUAGCGACUGGGAGGAGCUGCCACUGUACUUCACUGAGCCCCAGCAGCUCCUGGACAUCUUCACAAAGCUGGAGGAGCAGAACCUGUCACUUAUUCAGAACACGCAGGAGAUGGAGGAGACCUUGGAAGAUCUGAACCUUACCCUGAAAAACACACAGAGUCGCAUGGACAGGGAGGUCAACCAGCUGAAGCAGUGGAUCACAACGAUGAUGAUGUCAAUUGCCAAGGAGGAAGAGUCAGCUGCCGAGCUGGAGCUUAAAGCCCGAGUGUUCCAUUUCGGGGAGUACAAGGGUGAUCAGCAGGACAAGCUGCUGGAGAGCCUGAACCACAAGGUGCUGGAUGUGUACCGAAACUGUGUGAGCACGCAGCAGGAAGCCAGCCUGGGCACAGUGCAGAUGCUGACCAUUGUGGAGCACCAGCUGGAUGAGCUGCUGGAGAACCUGGAGCGUGUGCCUCAGGUCAAGAUCGAGCAGGCUGAAAAGGCCAAGGAGAGGGAGCGGCGCAUAAGGCUGCGGGAAGAGAAGGCCCUGAUGCAGAAGAUGAUGCAAGAGGAGCGUUUGCAGCGGGCCCUGGCCCGGGCCCAGGCUGAGAUCAAGAAGAAGAGAGGCAGGAAACUCGUGUGCUGCUCCCGCCCCCCAGCUGUAAGAGUGAAGGACAAGUCUGAGCACACACUGAUGGACAAGGAUAAGGAGGAGAUGCUGUUCUUCUUCACUUAG